CUUGACCCAUGCACCCACCCAACCACCUAUUCCUCCAUCCAUCCAUCCAUCUUUCCCCACACACAAUCACACACUAGCCCAGCCUUGUAGCUACUCGUCGUGCUAGCUAAGCUUCCUCUCCCUCUCCCUCUCCCUCUCCCUCCUCUCCUUGGCCCUGCCCUGCCUUCCCCCCUACUGCACCACUGCCGCCGCGGCCUCUACACAUUCGCUACUACGGCAAGAACCGGAGCUUCGAUUCGAUUGAUCGAGCUAGCUAGCUCCAGCUCCGAUCUACCCAUCCAUCCGUCGAUGUCGGGGGCGAGCCAUGACCAGCACUGGCGCCACCACUCGGGCGACUUCCAGUUCCACGACGAGCUGGCCUCGCUGCUCGCGCAGCGGCCGGCCGACGCCGCCGCCUCGCCGUCGCCCAUGAUGCAGAUGCAGCAGCCGCAGACGCCGUGGCUCUUCGCCGACUACCUGCAGGCGCCUGGGAUGGACUACGACGACGCCUUCGCCAGGGACUUCAUCGGCUCGCCAGCCGGCGGCGGCGUCGAGGAGGAGGUGAAGCGGGAGAUGCUGGCGGUGGACGGUGCCGCCGCUGGCGUCGCGGGGAUGCCUGGCGGCGGGCCGGGCGGGACGGCGCACAGCGUGUCGGUGUCGUCCACGUCCAGCGAGGCCGGGCUCGGCGGCGGCGGCGCCGUGGAGGACGAGGCCGGGAAGUGCAAGAAGGAGGAUGGCGACGGCGACGGCGACGACGAGAGCAAGGAGGCCGCGGCCGUGGGCGGCGGCGAUGGAGACGCGGACAAGACCAAGAAAGGGGCGGCGAAGGGGAAAGGGGCGGCCAAGGUCAAGGGCGAGAAGCGGCCGCGGCAAGCGCGGUUCGCGUUCAUGACCAAGAGCGAGGUUGACCAUCUCGAGGACGGCUACCGCUGGCGCAAGUACGGCCAGAAGGCCGUCAAGAACAGCCCAUUCCCAAGGAGCUACUACCGGUGCACGACGCAGAAGUGCCCGGUGAAGAAGCGGGUGGAGCGGUCGUACCAGGACGCCGCCGUGGUGAUCACCACCUACGAGGGCAAGCACAUCCACCCCAUCCCGGCCACGCUCCGCGGCGCCAACCACCUCCUCGCCGCGCACGCCCACGCGCACGGAGGGCAGGGGCUCAUCCACCCCAGCAUGUUCCGGAUGCCGGCGCCGCCCGGCGCCGCCUUCCGUCCUGGCGACGCGCUCGGCAGCUUCCUGCAGCAGCAACACGCCGCCAUGCAGCACCAGCAGCAGGUCGCCGCGGCGGGGAUGGCGAUGCGGCAGGCGAACGCCAUGGCUGGCGGCCACAUGCAGGCGCCUCCUGCUGAUCAUCGUGGCCUGGCCGGUGGUACGACGGGGAACAAUACCCAUGCUAUCAGCAGCAGCAGUAGUGCUACUGAUCCACUACGGAUGGAGCACCUGAUGGCGCAGGACUACGGCCUGCUGCAGGACAUGCUCAUGCCGCCGUCGUCCUUCGCCCACAGCGACAACAGCAAUAACAACCACAACCGCCGUUGAUCGGGAGAGAUCGAGCUUCCAGCUAGCCCUGACAGUGAUCCAUCGAUCGAUUUGGCGUUCCUUUGCUUGUUAAUUGACUCUUUUUGCACGGUACUGAUCGUAUAUCGUGCACCGGCCCUUUGAUGAUUGCCAUGAAUGAUGAGGAUAUGAUCUAGCUUAGUUGCAUGUGUAGUGUAGUACUAAGAGUUGCUGUAAAUUAUGCAUGCAUGCAUGCGUGCCUGCUGCUUGCAUGCGUACCAGAUUAAUUCUGAUGAGCUCGUGCACUGUUGCACUUCGAGCCGUAUCUAUCUAGUGGUACUACCUACUGUACUA